UCUGUACUCUCCUCAUAUGGAACAUCCCUGCGGAAACGGGCGACAAUCAGUUCGAUCUGAAAUUUUGCAAGUGCUGAUAAAUAAGAGCGUCGUUUUUAUCGGGUAUUGGAAAACAGCCGGAUAUUAUUCGAAAAUAGCUAAUCAAAGCGCUUAAAUUCCACUAAUGCUAUUGAACUUAACUAUUGCAAACUCCAAUAACGAUGAUGCGUGGAUGUUUUAUUUUAAUGCCAACAGAAGCAAACGAGAGCAAUCCUGAAUCUGCACUGCUACGAAGCGACUUGCGCUAUCGGAUCGUCUGCUGCAAUUCGUAGUAAGAAAAACUAAGAACAUGGCUACGUAGUCCACCGCAGGUUCCCAUUUAAUUUAGAUAUUUAGUCAUAAAUUAAAUUGCUUCUUCAAUCCAUAAAGAUGGUCAAGGAAAAACCGAAUUCCACUAGGACAUAUGACGAAGAGGGAUUUCGGAGGAGAGCAGCUUGUCUUUGUGUAAAAGACGAGCAGGAAACUGAGGUGCUUUUAGUUACAAGUAGUAGAGCUCCUGAACGCUGGAUCGUACCUGGCGGUGGACUGGAGCCUAAUGAAGAACCAAGUGUUGCUGCAAUUCGGGAAGUAGUUGAAGAAGCUGGUGUUAGGGGACAUUUGGGCCGGUGUCUUGGCACAUUUGAAAACCCUGAGCGAAAGCAUCGGACAUCAGUGUUUGUUUUAGUUGUCACAGAAGAGCUUGACGAAUGGGAAGAUUCCAAAAGUAUAGGACGUAAACGAAGGUGGUUUCCAGUUGAGGAAGCUCUGGGUCUUCUGUCCAUACACAAGCCUGUACAGUGCUCCUACCUAAAGCUGCUCACAAAGAACGAUAAGGUCCCAUGACUCUAUCUACUCAUUUUAAGAUACUUGUUACAAGUAAGAAGGGAUGCCGACAAACAACCACCAUUAGCAUCAAAUGUAUAAUAUUCUGCUUAUAGUAGAUUAGUUUCUUUAACAUUCUUAUGUCUUGUCAAACAACCAGUCUACUCAUAGGAUCUUAUAACUAGAAAAUAAGUAUGUGACAAUAAUUUUUUACUUCUUGCAGUUUUGUGACUUUUGUUUCUGAGACAUUUUUUAUUUAUUUUUAAGUUCUCUUAAGAUUGGAUUGUAUCAAAUUAGAAGUUAAUAAAUUUGAGAAUGCAUCAGUGUUACAUUAAUUUGAUUAUGCAAUGUCAUCACAUGCAGUGGUUCAGUUAAAUGUUAGCAGCAACUGAUACUAGAUACUGACAUCAAAAGUUUAUUCUGUAAUUCAACUUAAUGAAUUUUAUCUUUUCCUGAUUGCCUGCUAUGCAAUAAAUGUGACAUGUGUAUUUACAUUUCUGGAAUGUUUUAGUAUAGUUUAAACUGCCUUAUGCAGUCUAGUGUAUUGGUUUCAAUUUAAACUCUAAGUGUUUAAAAGUUAUUGGACCAGUAUUUUUAUUUUUAGAUACUACAAAUUUUAUCUUGAUUGUUAUGUGUUUUCAGUUUGUUGAUUUCUGCUCAAAUUUUUACAUUUGUAAACAAAAUAUUUUUGUAUGUUUUGAAAAUUUAAUCUUUUUCAUACAUAUGAAGUUAUGCUAUUCCAUUUUCAUUAUUAAAAUUGAUAAGUACUGUCCACACUGAUUUUGGCAGAAUUGUUCAAAUUUUGAAAUAUUUAUUAUUGGAAAUCAAAAUAUGAAAAAUGUGAGGAUUUAAAAGGUUGGAGAUUUAACUUGUUUACACCUUUCUUUAAUUGUUUAAACAAAAAUUUGACUGAAUGUUACUUACACUUUUUUUUUUAAUCUAUGCAUAGUAAAUCUAUAUAAAUUAAUUAUAUACUUUAAUAAAUUCAGUUCAAAUUUCUUCAUAAUGUUUUGAGUGCAUGAACUUUGAUUCAAAUCAGUAAGGUGUUUCAUAAAACUCGAAAAAUGAAACAGUUUUUCAGUUGCAAUAUAAAUAAUUUUUUUAAAUAUUAUUACUGUACUUAUGGUUCUAUUUGAUGGAAAUGGUGGUUGUUAUAGAAAGCUGCGCUGUUUGAAAAUUAAUGUUUAUAGAAAGUUAUUAACUAUUUUUUCUUUUCUACACACAAUGAAAUUACAUCAUGUAAUAUGUACAUCUAUGUAAUUGUUUAUGUAAAUUCUUUUUCUUGACUGGCACACUUGUUAAUAAUGUUAAGUUUUUUUUAAAAUUAUUAACUAUCAAGCAAAGCAAUGAUUAUGCCUGAAACAAGAUUUUAAAAGUCUUUUAAAUUGUUAUGUCAGAUACGAAAAUAAUUUUUGUAAAUUUAAUUACUCACUUUUGAUUUUGUUUCAACAUUUCUAAGUGUAGUAAAUUUUCUUUUCUUUAAGAUAUAGUGCUUUGACUAUAUUUUUGUGACCAUAGAAUUCCCCCCCCCCCAGUCAUUAUCAUUGAGUUGUAGAUGCCCCUGUUUAUUUUGUCUUUUAGGUUACUAAUAUAAUUCCAUGAUGGUUUAUUAUUAUAUUUUUUCUUGAAUCUCAAGAUAAUCAUAACUUCAUUUGCCUCUCACCCAGCCCAUUGCUACAAGCAUCCCAGUUUCAUUCUAAUCUGGGAAUGUAUAUGUGUCCAAAUUUUUUUCCAUAAUAAAAAUAGAACUUUAUGCUUU